GCAGCGCUGGCGGCUGGAGAGGAGGCGGAGUUGGCGGCGGCGCUCGAGGAGAGCGCGAGGCUGGAGGAGGAGAGGCGGGCGCCCGACGAGCAAGUGUCGUCCUCUUUGGCUGCAGAGAGGCCGCCUUCGGUGGAGGAGGAGGAGCCGCCGGACGACUUCAUUUGCCCGAUCACAACCGAGGUGAUGGUCGACCCGGUGAUGGCGGCGGAUGGGCACUCAUACGAGCGCUCGGCGAUCGAGCGCUGGCUCGCGACCAAGUCGACCAGCCCUCUUACGGGCGAGGAGCUCGAAUUCACUCGGCUCUUCCCAAACCACACACUCCGCCGGAUGAUCCGACAGUGGCAAGAAGCCGCUCGCACCUGA